CUUGCUCGUCCCGGAGGCAGCAAGGCAACAAACGGAGCACCCAACCCCACGUACUGCCCGCCUCUUCCACCCUCUCCCCGCUCCACCUCAUCCCCCACUCCUCUCUCCUCUGCGCUUCCACCCCCACCGCUUGUUGCCACACUUUCCAUGUCACCGCACCACUGCUUCGCCGCGACGAUGACGCCCGCCAUGGCCGCCACCACGGGCAGCGCCGGCCUAUCGUCCGCUCCCCCGUUCCGCCUCCUCGGCUCCAGCUCGAACUCCGGCUCUGGCCCGGUCCAGCUCCGUCUCCCUCCUGCUGCCGCCUGCCGUCGUCGCUCGCUUCUCCGCUGCGCCGCCUCUGGUGGUGGUGGUGGUGGUGAUGGCGCCGGCGCCGGCGGGUCCGACCCGGCCCUUGAGGAGCAGAGGCGGCGUCAGGCCGAACUGGCCGCGCGCAUUGCGUCCGGCGAGUUCACCGUCCAAGGCCCUGGAUGGAUUGCUCCUCUCGUGGGGAGGCUGUCCAAGCUGGGGCCGCCGGGGGAGCUCGCCGCCGCGCUGCUCACGAGGCUGGCGGGCGCUGGCGCGGCGCGCGGCGGGCCGGAGAUUCCGCAGGCGUUGGGAUCGAUCAACGCGGUCGUAGGCCAGGCGUUCUUCGUUCCCUUGUACGACCUCUUCCUCACCUACGGCGGCAUCUUUCGCCUCAACUUUGGGCCUAAGUCGUUUCUUAUUGUCUCUGACCCGGUUAUAGCUAAGCACAUCCUGAGAGACAACUCCAAAGCUUAUUCCAAGGGAAUUCUUGCGGAAAUAUUGGAGUUCGUGAUGGGUAAAGGUUUGAUUCCAGCUGAUGGGGAGAUUUGGCGUGUUCGGAGGCGUGCUAUUGUUCCCGCAUUGCAUCAGAAGUAUGUGACUGCAAUGAUAAGUCUCUUUGGAGAAGCUUCGGAUCGGCUCUGCCAGAAAUUGGACAAAGCAGCAUCAGAUGGGGAGGAUGUGGAGAUGGAAUCUUUGUUCUCUCGACUAACAUUGGAUGUCAUUGGGAAGGCAGUGUUCAAUUAUGACUUUGACUCACUAUCUUAUGACAAUGGAAUUGUCGAGGCAGUGUAUGUAACACUAAGGGAAGCAGAGAUGCGUAGCACUUCUCCUAUACCAACCUGGGAAAUACCCAUAUGGAAGGACAUUUCCCCACGGCAGAAGAAGGUCAAUGAAGCUCUCAAGUUGAUAAAUACUACUCUCGAUGAACUAAUUGCCAUAUGCAAGAGACUGGUAGAGCAAGAAGAUCUUCAGUUUCAUGAGGAAUACAUGAAUGAGCAAGAUCCUAGUAUUCUUCACUUUCUCUUGGCAUCCGGAGAUGAUGUUUCCAGUAAGCAACUCCGCGAUGAUCUGAUGACAAUGCUCAUAGCUGGUCACGAGACCUCUGCAGCAGUCUUGACUUGGACAUUUUAUCUUCUAACUAAGUAUCCAAAAGUAAUGGCCAAGCUCCAAGAUGAGGUUGAUAGUGUUUUAGGUGACGGUUUGCCAACAAUUGAGGAUGUGAAGAAACUAAAGUACACAACUCGAGUGAUUAAUGAAUCAUUGAGACUAUAUCCACAGCCGCCGGUUUUAAUUCGCCGGUCGCUUGAGGAUGAUGUGCUGGGAGGGUACCCAAUUGGCAGAGGAGAAGACAUUUUUAUUUCUGUCUGGAAUCUUCACCACUGCCCGAAGCACUGGGAUGAUGCAGAAGUUUUCAACCCAGAAAGAUGGCCUUUGGAUGGACCAAAUCCAAACGAGAUAAACCAAAAUUUCAGUUACUUACCAUUUGGUGGUGGACCAAGGAAAUGUGUUGGUGACAUGUUUGCCACUUUUGAGAAUGUGGUGGCAACAGCAAUGCUUGUCAAGCGAUUUGACUUUCAGAUGGCUCCAGGAGCACCUCCGGUUGACAUGACAACUGGAGCAACAAUUCACACAACUGAGGGGUUGAAAAUGACUGUUACUCGGAGGACAAAGCCACCAGUAAUUCCAAACCUGGAGAUGAAAGUUGUUUCUGAUUCACAAAAACCCACACGUUCUACUCCAAUGGUUGUUAGUGCUGCUACUGUUGCUUCCGGAGAAGAUCAAAGGGAACUCUCCUGAUUUAUGCAGUUUCAAAUUGGACUGGCAUACAGAAUGACGCAAGCAGUGCAACACAGAGAGUAAGUUUCCUGGUGUGGUACUUUUACAAGGAAAAGAUCUCAAACUCUUCCGGGCUUAUUUCUGCCGAUUCUGGAGCGCACUCCUACUGAUUGUAGAUCUGCUUGCUGCCACUCAAAAGCACCAUGGACAUAUUUACAAGAAGUUUUGGCUUCCGAGCAUGGACUGCUGCCCUUCUAAAUCUUCAGCAGGCCUUCCAACUCGCGAAGAACAUCAGCACGGGUAAUUAUACCUGUUGAUAGUGUGUCGAACCCAUUAAGCUUGCAAAGUUACCAAUGUUAAGGAUAAUACAAAUCAAGUAUGCAUACAUGCAGUCCUUUUGUCUCUUAACUGUUCGCCAUUCUGAAACUCACCUAUUACUUGUUCA